AUGGGUGAUCACUCUGUAGAAUUUUACCACAACCGUCAAACGAGCUACAUCAGAUCAGUGGCUACCUCUUUCAUUGCAGGGUACAUAGUUGGUUUAGGGGCCCGGCACCAAUCCAAUAUACUUCUGGAUAAGCUCACAGGAGAGGUAUUUCAUAUUGAUUUUGGGAUAGCUCUUGAUGAUAGUUCCUGGUUGCCUGUACCUGAGAAGGUGCCUUUCAGGCUUACUAAAGACAUAAUUACUCCAUUUGGCAUUGAAGACUUGAAGGGUACUUUCACAGACUCUUGCAAGAAUACAUUGCGAGUAUUUAGAAUGAACAAUGAUGUGAUCUUGACAAUGUUGGAAGUUUUCAUAUUCAAUCCUCUUCCAAGUCGGUGA